UUUGUAGGAAUGGAGGGGAAAAAACUUAUUUCUGCAACAGACACACAGUAUUCUAAUGUGCUCCUUCAGUCUUUGAAUGAACAACGUGGCCACGGACUUUUUUGUGAUGUUACUGUCAUCGUGGAGGACCGGAAAUUUCGGGCUCAUAGAAACAUCCUUUCAGCCUCAAGCACAUAUUUUCACCAGCUUUUUUCAGUGGCUGGACAAGUGGUUGAACUGAGCUUUGUAAGAGCAGAAAUUUUUGCAGAAAUUCUUAACUACAUUUAUAGUUCCAAAAUAAUCAGCAUUCGAUCUGAUUUACUUGAUGAACUGAUUAAAUCAGGGCAACAGCUGGGUGUUAAAUUCAUAGCUGAUCUGGGCGUACCUCCGUCUGAAGGAAAAAACAUGACGAGUGAAGUCAAAGAUGGUGCUUCAGAAACUUCAACUCCUAGUCCAGGUCAAAAGGAUGCUGAAACCCAAGUACCUGUAAGGUCAGAGAGUCAAGAGGUAACCGAUGGAAUGCCAGUUAUAACACAAUCAUUCUCCUUACAUGGCAUAGAAUAUGAGACUACAAAAAUUACAGUGAGUGAUUCAGAUGAUGAGGAUGAUGAUGUAAUUUUUUGCUCUGAGAUUGUUCCUCCAAAAGAAUGUACUAAAGAUAAAAAUGCUGCAACCCAGAACCAGCCUUGCCCAAGUCCAGCUGGAGUUUCUGACCAAAAAUCGUGUGGCAGUGGUGGCUCUUCCCAUUUGAUGAGCACCACAGCAGCUCAAAAACUUGUUUCAUCUGCCAGUCAGCUAAACCCAAACCACACACAAUCAAGUGCCGAAUCACUUGUCUCUGCAACGCCGCAGCAUUUGACUCCUAAUAUCAUUGUGCUAAAUAAGCCUCUACUUAACUCAUCGCUCAGUGCCAGCUCCUUGCAUCAAACACAUGUCACCCCUACAAUUAAUUUACUUGAGGAGAACCAGCAGCCAUCUAAUAAUGGCUCCUUAACUGAAGUGGAAACAACUGCUGUUGAUGAUGAAGAGGUUGUUGAAGAUGAUGUCGAUAUCAUUAGCUCCUCUAGUCCUGGCUCAGUCAGCAGUAGCUCUUUGGUUCACAAACCUUCUGUACCCAAGGCAGCAACCACUGAAGGAUCAGGUGUGCAGAAAAAACAGGUUGUUACACUUUCACAAGAGCCAUUUUCUAAACCUGGAGAAUUUAAAAUAAAAAUCUCAGAUGUCCUUACUGGAAACAACAAGGAAUUCAGUUCAGGUGUAGCAUCAAAACAUGUUGCAGAAGGGCAGAAAAUCAUAACAUUAGAUACAGCAACUGAAAUAGAGGGCUUAUCCACAGGCUGUAAGGUUUAUGCAAAUAUCGGUGAGGAUACAUACGACAUAGUCAUUCCUGUAAAGGGCGAUUCAGAGGAAGGCGAAGCCAAGCCUAAUGAAACGCCUAGAACCUCUGAUGGUGAUUCUCCAAACAGGAAACGCAUGAAAGUAAAGCACGAUGACCAUUACGAGCUCAUAGUGGAUGGAAGAGUCUACUACAUUUGUAUUGUGUGUAAGAGAUCAUAUGCAUGUCUGACAAGUUUACGGAGACAUUUUAACGUUCAUUCCUGGGAGAAGAAGUAUCCGUGUCGAUACUGUGACAAAGUUUUUCCUCUUGCAGAAUACCGUACAAAGCAUGAAAUUCACCACACUGGUGAGCGAAGGUACCAGUGCUUGACAUGCGGCAAAUCUUUCAUCAACUACCAAAUUACAGCCUCCCACAUUAGAUCAGUUCAUAGCCAAGACCCCUCUGGAGAUACCAAGCUUUAUCGAUUGCAUCCUUGCAGGUCUUUGCAGAUCAGACAGUAUGCGUACAUUACUGAUCACUCAAGCAGUAUACCAGUAAUAAACGAGGGUGGAAUUGUUUAUCGUGUUGGCGCAGGGAAGGAUGGCACUGAAGGAACAACAUCUAACCCUCCAGCCAAACAAAUUACCUGGGAUGACAUUUUCAUUCCACAGGGAAAUGAAGCAAUUUUUAAACAAAAUCCAUCAGAGGGAAGUACUGAAUUUGAGUUUGUAAUACCAGAAUCUUACUGAAACACAUUAAAUGCUGGAAAAAGGAUUCAGUGCAGAAAUAUUGCAGCUGUUUUAAAUGAACUGUUAAAAUCUCUGUAAAAUCAAAUGUUAAAGUGAAAACAAGUUAACUUGUUCUACCAAGUCAUCAAAUGGUAGCACUUAGAUGGAUCAUUAGUCGCUGCAAGUGAUUUGUGGAAGCGAUUCAUCUGAAAGUUUACUUGAAUGGAGGAUAAGACAUUUCCAAGGAGCUGGCAGUGGUUUUUGGUAUGUUAAUUUUGAUCAAAACAUGGGGAUUUGUAGCU